AUGUGCUUGAUGGUCGACGAGAAUGGUGGGAACAUCUCUGCGUCGUGUCUUCCGCUGGUCUUCAGAGAGUGCAACGUGUCCGAAUCGAGGCAACACUGGCGAUGGGUUGACGAGCACUAUCUAGUCACUGCUCUUGACUCCAGAGUUGUCAGAUUUGGGCGUGCAGGUGAACAGAUAUGUGCCGGCGUCAUGAAUCAGACAACUGCGACGGAUGCACAAAUGCAGAGGUUGCACAUUGACCUCGAAGGACGUCUGUCGCUCAUUCAUUCCGCCACGCCAGGGCUCUGCGCGGAGGCGAGGACCCCGAAGUUCACCCUUUCUGCUGGCGGCUACGUUAUGUCCCUACCGGGGCAGGGAUGCACGGGCGCAACCAAUCCUGCUGGCCAGAAUGAGUGCAAGAAGGCUGCGAAGGCAUUGGGCCUCGUCUGGCUCGGGGAUGCUUAUCGAAACGAUUCUACUCGGUGCUUCCUCAAUACCGACGACAGAGGAGUCAAAUUCAACGUUAACGCGACGGGGACUGGUUUUCCUGAGCAGGCAGAGGCGUUGCACGGCGUUUGCAGGGAGGAGGUGCUCGCCGUGGCGGCCGACUGCAACUCGGAUGAUCCCGGCAGGCAACUAAUUAGCACGCCUUUGCCAACAUGUGCACGGGUUCGCACUGAGUUUCCCAUCGGCGAUGAUGGAGAGGCUUUGGAGGACCCAGGUCCUCAAAGUGAUGACCUAAACAGUUGGUCCGGGAGGUCAUCCCAUUGGCAGGUGGUGGCAGCGAGACCUUUCGAUGGGAAUUUCGAAGGCAAGGGAAGCAAGAUGAAGUCGAAGCGCCAAAAGCCGCAACUGAUCGAGUUCACAGCGAAGCAGUACAAGCAAAAGCCUGAGUGUAAAGCUCUGAUAUAUGACAACUUUGCAGUGCUUUCCAAAGAGAAUCCAUGUCACUACGUCUCCAUGAACUUGCCCAAGAGCGUGAGCGAGGCGAAUGAGAACAUGGAGCAGGGUAAAGCUGGUUGGUGGGCCUACAGCAUGAAUACGGAAGGGGAAGAAGAAGAUCUCGGACAUCAAGCUGGGUAUACCUACGAGAACAUUUUUGGCUGCUUCAAGCGUGAGAUGGCGCGAGACUAUGGCCUGGACAUAAAGGAUCUAAAGACCAAGCUCUCCAUUGGCGCUAUCAAGUUGGUGACGUCUAUUGCGUCGUAUGGUUGUGCUUGGUUGCCUGACGGCCCAGUCACGGCACCUGGGGGAUUUGGCGAAAAGGUGAAAAUUCCUGCCCUUUGCGAGACGGCGGCGAGCCUCGUGUCCGCCACGGAGGCAGCAGCGCAAGAGUUUGCCGCACUGAAAUUCAAGAGAACAUAUCGGCGCGAGAUGAAGGCAGAUUGCGGUGGCCUGAAAUCUUCAAUGGCCAGGAUCUUCUGCGACUUGUAUUGCAUCAAGGACGCUGUGGUGGAGGGCGACAGGCUCAUAAACGAGAACAUCGAGGAAGCAACGUCGUCAUUGAACACCAACAUGGACGCUUUGAUGGAGUACUACACAGGACUUGUGGGCGACAAGGUUGAUGGAAUCCAAGAGUUCUUGGCCGACCAAGGGAGCAGCAGCUUGGCGUCCGUGAGGGCCGCAGUCACAAGCGCGCUCCAGGAAAUGCAUGACAUAGCUGGAGCACAGCUGCCUGCAAGUUCCAGAAGUGCAAUCUCGCGUUCACUUGCACGCUUCACUGAAGAGGCAAGGGGUGUGGCGAAGUCCAAUAUUUCGGCCGUUGCAGCGGCGCAGCUGUGGAGAAAUGUCCAGCAGUUUCACGGCGUCCUCCGCCACCUCCACAGGCAGGGCCGCGAGGACCAGGCGAGCACACUGGCAAGCCGCGUAGCCGAGAGCGUGCUCCACCUGAACGACCUUGCCCUGUCGCGGUCGACACUUUUGGGCAUUUAUGCCUGGAAUUCGCACCGUGCAAGGAAACGGCACCAAGAGCUUCAAGCACUCGCGCAUACCACAAAGACCAAGGCAGACGUAGCUCUUGAGCUGGAAGAGCUUCGUCAGUCUUCUGACUCUAGCCUCCUUCUUCAGUUGGACGAGGCUUGGUGGACACUGCGGAACUCGAUUGACUCCUACUUGUCAGAUGCGCAGGUGCAGGCCAAGAGCUAUUCUGAGACAGCUCAGUUGCUUAGUGAUUACACAUCUUCGUGUGGCAUUAGCUUUCCAAUGCUGCGCCGCGGCUACCAGCAUCUCGUGGCAGUUGAGGAGGCAACACAUGCCACAUUGAAGAAAUCAUGGAACACCGCAGUGUACAUUACCGGUUUGCUGGCUGCCAAAAUCCAAGACGGAGAUGCUCUGAAAAGGCUUGCGCGCAUGAAUCUCCGAGGUGAGGAUACAUUCAGCGAGAUUACCAGCAACAGUUCGUUGGUUGCCAGGGUGUGUGCGAUGGAGGUUCCUGAGGAGUUGACCGCUGUACUUGCGACCCAGAUACGCACCGGGCUUGCGGGGCAGACGCUCCUGCAAGUGCGGACAGCAGUGGAGGAGGUGGUGAUGUUGGCAGAGCGCAUGGAUUUUGCUGGCAUGCCCGUGCCCGUUCAACAGGAAGAGGCAAUAGAACAGUCGGUGGAUCGGAUCACAUCAUCCUUGAAGGAGUUGAGCGAUGACCUCCCAACUCUCACGGAGGCUGCCGCAGCGAAGCUCCGAAAGGAACUGCAAGAAGCAGGUCGUUGUAAGUGA